AUGGCCGCUCCAGCUCACAAGACUACCAAGGACCUCAAUGGGACAUGGAUCCAGAACAAGAAACUCUCCGGGUCAGCCGACCUGGGCCUUCAGAUUCAGGGAAUCGGCUAUUUCAUCCGCAAUAUUAUUCGCAUAGCACCUAUUACAAUUCAAGUCAGCCAAUACGAGGCGCCAGCUGAAUCGUCAGCUAACCUUACAUGUGCUGUUACCAAUAUCGAUAUUGAACAGUCGGCCCCAGGAGUCAGCACCAGCAAGGAGCGUCACUGCCUAGAUGGUCUAUCCCGCGAUCACUCAGACUGGCUUUUUGGGAGCGUUAUAAAUGAAACGCGUUGGAUCUCACUCGAAGAUAUCGAAGACAAAUUUCUCAGGUCAGGAUGGCUCCCCGAAGGAGGGAACAAUCUGAUCUAUACCAAAGCCGCUAGCGUAGCUAAGGGCUGGACAGCAACGCAAAUCUGGGGCUUUCAGGAGAUCAAUGGAGAGCGCCGUCACUGUCGUAACAUAGUGAUAGAGAAAGAGGAACGGCGGGCUGAGUUUCGCUUUGUGUAUGACUGGCAGGAGCGCAUUGACCUGGGGGCCUGA